UUCGGCGAGGGCGCGGCCUCUACGAGCGGGGCGCACGACACGCAUCCCCGGCGCUCGCCCGGGCCGCUCGGGAGCCUCGCGGCAGUCCGCUGCCCCACUUGGCAAUCCGCUCUGUGCUCCUUCCUCGCGCCCGCCUCCUCUUGUCACCUCCCGUCUCAGCCUCCUCACUCCAUCCCGGCUGCAUCCACCGCCAGCCGAGAGUCUCCAAGAGCGAGAGGUGGUGCGCCGGACUGCAGGGCGCGCCCUCCGGCGGACCCCAGCUCGGCAUUGGGGGGCACGGGCAGCGGCAUGGACACCAAGCGCUGCUUCGCCAACCGCUUCGAUGACUACCAGGGCAGCCUGCUGGCGGGCCAGUGCGAGGAGGCGGUGGCGCCCUUGGUCACGGCCACCAUCGAGCGCAUCCUCCAGGAGCUGCCCCCGCUCGGGGGCGGCGCCGAAGGCCGGGGGGCGGCGGCCGCGGCCAGCAGCUGCCAGGGGGGACUGUACGGCGGCGUGGCUGGGGUGGCCUACAUGCUCUACCACGUCUCGCAGAGCCCGCUCUUCGCCGGGGCCCGGGAGCGCUACCUGCGCUCGGCCAAGCGCCUCAUCGACGCGUGCGCCCGCGCCGAGGAGUGGGGCGAACCGGACGCCGACACCCGGGCCGCCUUCCUGCUCGGGGGCGCGGGCGUGUACGCCGUGGCCACGCUCGUGUACCACGCCCUGGGCCGGUCCGACUACGUGCAGCCGCUGGGCAAGUUCCGGGCUCUGUGCGCCGUCUGCGCGCCUGUCUCCUUCCUGGAAUGCGGCUCCGACGAGCUGUUCGUGGGCCGCGCGGGCUACCUGUGCGCGGCGCUUGUGCUCAAGCAGAAACUCGCCCAGGAGGUGUUGACGCCAGCACAGAUCAAAUCAAUUUGCCAGGCGAUUCUGGACUCCGGGAAGCAGUAUGCCAUGAAAAAGAGGAAACCAUUCCCUCUGAUGUAUUCUUACUAUGGAACCGAAUACUUGGGAGCAGCUCAUGGCCUGUCGUCCAUUCUCCAGAUGCUUCUUUCUUACCAUGAGCACCUCAAGCCCUCAGAUCAGGAGCUGGUGUGGCAGAGUGUGGACUACCUGAUGGAGCAGGAACAGAACUGCAACUGGCCGCCUGAGCUCGGCGAGGCCAUCGAGAGGGAGAACGAGCUGGUACACUGGUGCCACGGAGCCCCAGGAAUUGCCUACCUGUUUGCCAAAGCUUAUCUGGUUUCCAAGAAACCGCAGUACCUGGACACAUGUAUCCGGUGUGGGGAACUCACGUGGCAGAAGGGCCUGCUAAAGAAGGGGCCAGGGAUUUGCCAUGGGGUAGCUGGCAGUGCCUACGUCUUCCUGCUGCUGUACCGGCUCACAGGAAACUCUAAAUACAUCUACCGAGCCCAAAGGUUUGCUGAAUUUUUAUUUACCGAGGAAUUCAAGGCCGGUUCCCGGGUCCUUGAAAGCAUAUACAGCUUGUACGAAGGCUUCUCCGGGACCGUGUGCUUCCUGAUCGAUCUGCUGCAGCCCAACCAGGCUGAGUUCCCGCUCUUCAGCGUCUUUGUUUAGAAGGCUCCGUGUUCCCCCCCCCACCCCUCCCGUGGCUCCGCAGAAGGUCCCUGAGAUUUCCUGAGCCUACUACCCAAGGCAGUUUGCACAUAAGCCACAUUCAAUGGUAUCACAGCCAGGAGCCUUAACAUUGCCGUCGGAAGGAAGGAAAGGGGCAGGCAGGUGAAGGCAACAUGAUGCCAGGUUUCAUAGAGAUGGAGUGUUUCAGGGGAUAGGUGUGAGGCCAGAGAGCAGAGGGAAAAGGGAAAGAGAAAGCACCUGUCUUUCACUUAUGGCGUGGAAAACCCAGUUGAAAUGCGGGCUCUGGCAAUGAAAGGCCCAAAAUACCUUUGCCCUUGGAGGGAGAAUGUGGCCAUUUGUGGGUGCCCCGCACCCCCAAAUUCAGAAGCAAAGACAAUCAGAAACCGAAAGUAAUUGCCCAGCUGAAAACUGCUAGGAGGGCUAAGCGUCAGGUUGCCCAAGGACAAAAAGGGAAACGCUUGGUUGUCCUUUGCCUUUGCGUAUUGAAAUUUGUGAUUUUUAAUGAGUGGAGAAAUUUGCAUAUGAAUCUCUAUUUUUUACCAUUACCCUGGGCACGUUAAGGAAGCAUCUCAUAACUUAGUUUAAACCCUCAGUUUCCAGCUUUCCUUAGGCAUUAGAGCAUCUCUUCUCCUGGUUCCUUUUUCUUUCUGAAACCUCAAUUAGAAUCGUAAAAUUCCUAGGCUAACAAAUACUGCAGCAAGUGUUGCUGUCGACUUUUUUCUCAAUCUGAAGCUUCAGCUGUGUAUUGUCGAUUGUUAGUAAUUUUUAAAAUGCCUAUGUAAUCCCUGCGAGGCUAUUAGCUGAACUGUACAAUAUACUUGUGGUAAAAAUCACUCGUCUCAAAGAUCAGGGUAACUACUAUGAAGGUGGGUCGUUUCUGCCUUUGAUGGAACACUGUCCCCUAGAACAGGCACAUGCUGGCCUAGAAAAGGACCCGUGAUGGUGAAAAAAAGAACCUCGCUCAGUUUUAUUCUCUGAGAUUAAGAGAUCCGUGAACUCCCUGGCUGAUCCCUUACCUUCUAAGACACAGGCUCCACUAGAAUUUGUCUGUAAUACUCGCUGAGCCAGGUUGCCAUAUUAAAUUCAGCCCUGCUGUAAACACA